AGAUCCAUACAACACUAAAGACGGUUGCAAAUCCAUAGGUUUUCUGAACACGCACCCUAAUAGAAUCGCUUUCACCCUUGUGCGGUUAAGUAUUUGAUGAUAUUUCGGCGCAGAAAGUGCCCAGAAUUCAAAGUUGUGGACUGCUGUCGAUAAGCGUCGUGAUUAAUGUCAGGCAUCGCGAUUGCUAGACUUGCGGAAGAGCGAAAGGCAUGGAGGAAAGACCAUCCUUUUGGAUUUGUAGCACGACCAGUUAAAAAUCAAGAUGGAACACUCAACUUGAUGAAUUGGGAGUGUGCAAUACCAGGCAAGAAAUCUACACCAUGGGAAGGCGGAUUGUACAAAUUGCGUAUGAUCUUCAAGGAUGACUAUCCCUCCAGUCCACCAAAAUGUAAAUUUGAACCUCCUUUGUUUCAUCCAAAUGUUUAUCCUUCAGGAACAGUGUGUUUAUCAUUGUUGGAUGAAGAGAAAGAUUGGAGGCCUGCUAUUACAAUUAAACAAAUCCUCCUUGGUAUACAAGAUUUAUUAAAUGAACCUAACGUUAAAGAUCCAGCUCAGGCAGAAGCAUAUACAAUAUAUUGUCAAAAUCGUUUGGAGUAUGAAAAACGUGUAAGAGCUCAAGCCAGAGCAAUGGCUCCACAGGAAUAAAAUACUAUAAUAGGUCCCAUUAAAUUUAAAUAUUCCAACUACAUAAAGAGGUUAUCAUAUAUCUAUAGUAUAUUUCUAAUAAUCAUCUACAUUUCUUAUCUUUUUUAUAAGCUAGUGUAUAAUGUAGUUAAUUUAGAAUUAUCUGCAUUUUUUUUUCUUGUGACAAAAUUCCUAUACAUGUACUCAUAUACUCUAUAAGCAGCACUAAUUAAGACAUAGGUUAACGAUACUGUCCUACACUGAGAUCUUGCGUCACUUUAAAUUUUUUGUUACCACUUGUUUAUAAAUUAUGAAUGGAAGCAUUUUGUUUUUAGCUAACUUAGUGACAAUUUUAUUAAUAAGUCUUAAAAGUGAUGUACGAGAUGAACAGUGUAAAAUAAUAAAGAAAAGAGCGAUAUACGUAAGAAAUAUCUGUUUAUUCUACAGGUUAUAAACUAUCAGUAUCUCU